CUGUUUGGAUUGAGGGAGACCAACGGAGAGGGAUGGGGAGUGAAGGGGACGGAUGGUAAUUGAGGGAGAGGGAGGGGAGGCUGUCUCCUUCCUUAUGUUUGGGUAUUUAAAGAGCAGGAAGGGGAAGGAGAUGGAGGAGGUCUGGAUCCCCUUAACAACCCCUUGCAACUGCAGAUUUUCAAUCCCCCCAAUUUGGGGGGUUUGGGACGGAUUUGGUGAAGUUAUCAGCAUCAGCAGCCACUAUUCAAGUAUAGCAUCCGUAAUUGAAAAUGAAGUUGAAUUAGAAAAUGGAAUUGCUAGCAUUCUAGCUCACCAGCUGCUCUCGCUCUCUCUUUUGAAAACGAAAACAAGGAAUUAUAAGAAUUUGAUUCACAGAGACAGCUUGCAAAAGCAGUGGACAUCUUCCCCAUUUAUCUGCUAAGAGCACUGACCCAGCAGUAGCUGAAAUUUGUUUUGACACAACAGUAGCCUUCAACAUUGAUCCAGGUAAUACUAUCUAAAAAUUGAUACUUUAUAUUUGUAUAUUGAAAUGCCUUAUAUUUAUAUUUGUACAUUGAGACUUUGAUUAUUCUUUCACUUUUUAGUUAUCCCAAUUGAAUUUAAAAUAUAUCAUGACAUAGAAU